AAUCAAUAAGAAGAAUAUUAAGAAACUCUCACAAACCCUAAUCUCCCAAUCCUCUCAAUUUUAGAUCUCAAUCCCUCUAAAGGCCUAGGCCGAUUGUCUAUCUUUCUCUUCUCAAAUCCCUAAUUAUGUUAUGGAAUCCCUAAUUCCCAAUCUCACGACCAGAUCUGAUAGAACCCUAAUCCCAGGUUAUAUCAUUUGGUAUAAGAGCCAGAAUGAGCUUGUCACAGCUCUUCGAUUCAGCAUGUAAUUGGUCCUUCAUUCAUAAAUAUGUAAUUGGUCCUUCAUUCAUAAUCAAUAAGAAGAAUAUUAAGAAACUCUCACAAACCCUAAUCUCCCAAUCCUCUCAAUUUUAGAUCUCAAUCCCUCUAAAGGCCUAGGCCGAUUGUCUAUCUUUCUCUUCUCAAAUCCCUAAUUAUGUUAUGGAAUCCCUAAUUCCCAAUCUCACGACCAGAUCUGAUAGAACCCUAAUCCCAGGUUAUAUCAUUUGGUAUAAGAGCCACAAUGAGCUUGCUCUUCGAUUCAGCAUGCGAUCGGCUAGACGCCCUCAUACAACAAGCGCUCGCUCGCCGAACCCAAGAGGAAUGAAGGUGGAAGGCGAAUAUAGAGGAGAUCAUGCGACUCCUAGACUCACGCGGCGAAUCAAGCCAUCCACCAACACCGUUGUAGCGUCAUCUCCACCACCCGCGACAGAAUUUCCGGCGUAUUUCUCCCACCUGUAGUUGAAGAAGAAGAUCAGGCGGCCACAACCACGCCACCACCUGCGAAGGACAAGACAAUGAAGCCUGCAAUCCCAAGCAUCAUCUCCACCAACGAGCAACCGGCAAGUGUCGCUGCUUUCCGCAAGAUUGACGCCACUGAGCCAAUAUUUUCGUCGUUCGUCGUUGCUCUGGCAAACUCAGGAGCAAAAAGUCUUGUCAAGGAUGGCUUGGAAGGGAGCAGUUUGUCGCAGCGGGGAAGGAAGGAGGUCGUCGACGGUGGGAUCCUCUACGCGCAGAGGAAGAAGAAGAAGAAGUGGAAACCGGAGCUCGGAGUCGGAACCAAUCGACGACUCCUUCACCCUCUCCUGUCUGGCGACCAAAGUAUUUUGCCUCUCUCCAUCGAUGGACGAUAGACAAAACGGAGGCGGGAAGUGGAAGUCGGAACGAGAUGAAAAUUGGGAAUAAGACAAAAAAAAAAUAGGAAACGAGACGAAACAGAGCAUCAAUUAAGAGGGAGUGGCCGGCGUUGGUGGUGAUGACGAUAAUUGUAGUGAGAUUCCCAUCAAAAUUGGGAGUCGAGCAGGAGUCGCCAGCGGAGAAGAAUUGGGGAUAAGACAAAUGUGGGGGAAGAGAGAGAGAGAUGCACGAGAGGGAAAGAGUUGGGCUAGGAAUGAGAUAAUUGUGGAAAAGACAGAAAAAUAAUGAGGGAUUGUGAAAUAGCUGAUCCCCAUAAGUUAUUUUGAAAUCUCACAUUUGUGAGUUUUUGAUUGCCAUGUUACUUAUUUAAUAGUCAACUAUGAAAGUUGAUAGUCACAUAAGACAGUAAUUGACGAAGUUGGACGACCAGUGGCAGUUGUAAAAUUAAAAUGUGAAUUUAGUGACCAAUAAUGCAAUUAAAAUUUG